UCAACUCUGAACUUAAUAUCAUCGCCAUUGCUUAUCCCACCUAUAAAUAGAGGUGCGAGGAAAUGGGAGGUUAUUCAUCUAGACUGCAAAGUUCUACAAUGAACACAUUCAUGGCUACGACUAUCUUGCUGCUUUUUGGUUUGAUGAUUUCUCGCCUAACACUUUCAGAUGCACAAUCCAUCGGGGUUUGUUAUGGAAAGAAUGGAAACAAUUUGCCAUCUGAUCAGGAAGUUGUGAGUCUUUUCCAAACAAAUGUUAUUGGAAGGAUGCGAAUUUAUGAUCCGAACAGAGACACACUUGAAGCCCUUAGAGGAUCAAACAUAGAAGUCGUCCUUGGUGUCCCCAACGACAAACUUCAGUCCCUUACUGAUGCCUCAGCUGCAACAACCUGGGUUCAAGACAACGUUGUGGCCUACUCAUCCAAUGUCAAGUUCCGCUACAUUGCUGUUGGCAAUGAAGUACACCCUGGAGAUGCGAAUGCACAAUCCGUUCUACCGGCAAUGCAGAACAUACAUAACGCAAUAGCAUCCGCCAAUUUACAAGAUCAAAUUAAGGUUUCAACAGCGAUAGACACAACUUUGUUGGGCAGCUCCUACCCUCCGUCGGAUGGGUCCUUUAGUGACAGUGCAAGUUCAUACAUAAACCCUAUCAUCAACUUCUUAAGGACCAACGGCUCACCACUUCUUGCAAAUGUGUAUCCCUACUUCAGCUACACUGGCAACCCACAAAGCAUUGAUCUUAGCUAUGCCUUGUUUACUUCACCAGGUGUCGUUGUGCAAGAUGGUCAAUAUGGAUACCAGAAUUUGUUUGAUGCAUUGUUAGAUUCUCUUUAUGCUGCUCUCGAGAAAGCAGGUGCCCCAGAUUUGAACAUUGUUGUAUCGGAAAGUGGUUGGCCAUCUGAAGGUGGGACUGCAGCAACGGCUGACAACGCAGGAACUUUCUACAGGAAUUUGAUUAAUCAUGUGAAACAAGGGACUCCCAGAAGAUCUGGACAGGCUAUAGAGACAUACUUGUUUGCAAUGUUUGAUGAGAAUCUGAAGGCAGCAGGAAUUGAACAACAUUUUGGUCUCUUCCUCCCCAACAAACAGCCUAAGUACCAACUUACUUUUGGUUAAUAGAAAAAACAGAGUAGUACGUUACACCGAAUGAAGGUUUGAAUAAGAGUGUUUGAGCUCGUGUACUACCAGACUUAUUCAUAAAAUACAAUAAACUUAUUUACAUUA